AUGACAGUCACUUACUCCAGCAAAGUAGCCAAUGCCACUUUCUUUGGAUUUCACAGAUUACUCCUGAGGUGGAAAGGCAGCAUCUACAAAUUGCUGUACAGAGAAUUUAUAGUGUUUGCUACCCUUUACACAGCCAUAAGUGUGUUAUACAGAUUUUUCCUUACAGGUAGCCAAAAACGCUUCUUUGAGAAGUUAUCCAUUUACUGUGACAGAUAUGCUGAACAAAUCCCUGUAACCUUUGUGCUUGGUUUCUACGUUACCCUGGUGGUGAAUCGGUGGUGGAACCAGUUUGUGAACCUGCCGUGGCCGGACCGAUUGAUGCUGCUGAUCUCCAGCUGCGUGCAGGGCAGGGAUGAGUACGGGCGGCUGCUGCGCAGGACGCUGAUGCGUUACGUGAACCUGACCUCCCUGCUCAUCUUCCGCUCCGUCAGCACCGCUGUCUACAAAAGGUUCCCCACCAUGGACCAUGUGGUAGGGGCAGGUUUUAUGACAAGGUAUGAAAGAAAACUUUUUGAUGACCUCAAGUCUCCCCACCUGAAAUACUGGGUUCCCUUUGUCUGGUUUGGAAAUCUGGCAUCAAAGGCACGGAAAGAGGGGAGAAUCCGGGACAGCGUCGAUCUGCAGACACUGAUGAACGAGAUGAACAAGUACCGGUCCUGGUGUAGUCUCCUGUUUGGUUAUGACUGGGUUGGAAUUCCACUGGUCUAUACCCAGGUUGUGACUCUUGCAGUCUAUACUUUUUUCUUUGCCUGCCUGAUAGGGCGCCAGUUUUUGGAUACUGACCAAGGGUAUCAGGGACAUGACUUGGAUAUUUACAUUCCAAUCUUCACACUGCUGCAGUUCUUCUUCUACGCAGGAUGGCUCAAGGUCGCUGAACAACUUAUUAAUCCUUUUGGAGAAGAUGAUGACGACUUUGAAACUAAUUGGUGCAUCGACAGGAAUCUACAGGUCUCACUCCUGGCGGUGGAUGACAUGCACAUGAACUUACCGCGGAUGGAGAAGGACAUGUACUGGAACUACUCCUCUGCCCGGCCGCCCUACACCAAAGCAGCUGCUGAUUACUGCAUCCCUUCAUUCCUUGGAUCGACUUUUGAAAUGGGGCUGGCGGACACCGCCUUCCUCUACGGGGAAGAGUGGCCCUGGGAAGAAGACAAGCACCGGAGGCAGCGCUCGGUGCUGAGGAGGGUGAAGAGGUUUCUGAGCGUUCACGAAGGCCCCGCGUCGCCGCCGCCCCGGCGCUACAGCCGGCAGACCAGCGAGAACUCGGUGUUCUUCCCGGCGGACGAGAAGGGGCACAUCAGGCGGCUGCAGGAGAUGCACACGAGGGGCAGGCACUCCUCCUCCUCGUCCAGCUUCAAGAGGAAGCACGAAGGACUGGACAGAAGUAAGAGGCGGCAGAGCAGCAGGGACCUAGGACCCAUCACGGAAGCCUCCAGGAGCGAGGCGCAGUUCAGCGACAGCGACAUCUCGUCCGAGACGAACAGGCCGGUUCCGGAGGUCAUCAUCUCGGAAGCGGAGGAGGAAGGACCUGGCCUGCUGGGCAAAGCGGACCUGCCCCCGGAGCGCAGCGCCAGCAUGCCAGAAGAGGCGCUGCAGAGGAGCCUGACCGAGGCGAACGUGGCUCUGCUGGACGACCCGUUCUACACGCCAGAAAUGAGCGCCUAUUUCCCAGGCUCCGAGGUGCAUCAGUCACUUCCUUCGGUGAUAGGGGAGCCCAGACACGAACCCCACGCUGCUAACAUAGCUGGCUUCAUAGCAGACCACGAGAGAAACCUUCAGCGAUGGAGUUUACCAAGCUUCCACAGUCACAGCACGGUUUCAAACACCGACGCUGCACCUCCUCUAACAGAUUCUGGGGCAGCUUCACACCCGAAGAACUUCAGAGACGGCAAAGAUGCUGCUUCUGCUGAGGCUGCAGAGGCGCUGGAGCUGCAGCACUUGUGGGGUGCCCUGGACAGCAGAGAGACAGCCAUAGUGGAGUUUUCCAACGAGAAAAACGAAAGAAAGCUCUGA